UCGCAGCCAGUGAGAGACAGCGACGCUUAUUUAUGCGCAGGCUGUUCACUUUCAGCGCGCUCAAAGUUGGCGGCUGGUCGGCUGGGAGGACUGCGCUCGCGCUCAGACUGCACGGUUGUUGCAGUUUGCACAGAAAAGCAGCCGCGUGGAGGUUAACGGCGAGUGGGAAACCAACCGCAACUGUGUGCGCGCGCGCGCGCGUGUGUGUGUGUGUGUGUGUGUGCGCACGGUGCCGCGUGCGUCAUUUCGGUCACUUUGGUGUAGCUCUUGUUAUUUUUAUUUAUUUAUUUAUUUAUUUAUUUUCUUCCUGCUCAUACCUUAUUUGUGUGUGCGCGCGCGCGUGUGUGUAAAAUGCCAAGUGUUGGCCCGUCACCGCGCGCGCGUGUCAAGCCGGGCCGCACGUUUGGAAGGACGCCCGACCGCAGCAUUCCUCAUCUGCAAGUUCACUCCGAUGAAUUGUGACAAAGGGCUGUCAGCGCCCGAAUAAGAAAUCGAUGCUCGAGGAAGCGACGCGCGGCUCUCCUGGAAUUUUAACGAUCCCCGUUUUUUUUUUUUUUCCCCUCGCGUCUUUAUAACCAUGCGAAGUGGCUCUCCUGGACUCCUGCUCGCCGCUGCAACUCGAGGGGGCUGAGAGUGACAGAUUACCGCUGUUGAGUGUCCAUGCAAGACUCGGAGAGGGUGAGAGAGGAAAGGAAACAUGUCUGGCCACUUCUCUGAGAGGAUCCCUGCUAUCAGAGAUGGCAUUUUUGCCCGGCACGGCGCUGCUCGCUUCUAAAGUGCCUCGCAAAAUCCUGUUCAUGUUCACGCUCUCGCUGUCCGUCACCUACCUGUUCUACAGUUUGAUGAGCUGCUACGACUCGCUGCGCUUCCCCGUGCUGGAGAACUACGCGUACCAGGCACCGGAGGUCACAACUUUGGCCACGCUGCGGGAGAAACUUUAUUCCAGCCCUUCCCGCGCGCACCUCGACCCGGAGCUCGUAGCGACCACCGUCACGGCGAAUCUGUUCACGGAGAAGUACGACGUCGAGGAGAUCACGGCGGGAUGGGAGCGAGCUCGGGCGGAGACGGCUGUUAGCCAGAACGCCGCGGUGAACGUGGAGCAUCCGGAGACCAGCACCAUGGACGGAGGGCUGGGGAAAGCCGCGAACUGCACCUCGGAUUACGGGGAGAAGAAAUUACCCCAAGCUAUUAUAAUAGGGGUGAAGAAAGGGGGCACGAGGGCUCUGCUCGAGGCGCUCCGAGUUCACCCGGACGUGCGCGCGGUCGGAAACGAGCCGCACUUCUUCGACAGGAACUACGAAAAAGGACUGGACUGGUACAGGGACUUAAUGCCUUCGACGCUGGAGGGCCAGAUCACCAUGGAGAAAACGCCCAGCUAUUUUGUGACGAACAGUGCUCCAAAGCGCAUCCACACAAUGGCGAAGGACAUCAAACUGAUCAUAGUGGUGCGCAACCCAGUGACACGAGCCAUUUCAGACUACACACAGACGCUGUCCAAACGGCCCGAGAUCCCCACGUUCGAGGUCCUCGCUUUCAAGAACCGGACACUGGGCCUAAUCGACGCCUCAUGGAGCGCACUGCGCAUCGGCAUCUACGCGCUGCAUCUAGAAAACUGGCUCCAGUACUUUCCCCUGUCACAGAUGCACUUUGUGAGCGGUGAGCGGCUCAUCACGGAUCCCGCCGGCGAAAUGACCAAGGUGCAGGACUUCCUGGGUCUCAAGCGCAUCGUCACCGACAAGCACUUCUACUUCAACAAGACCAAAGGCUUCCCCUGCCUGAAGAAGCCUGAGGACAGCAGCACCCCGCGGUGCCUUGGCAAGUCCAAGGGCAGGACACACCCCAAAAUAGAGCCGGAUGUCAUCCGCAGACUGCACAAGUUCUACAAGCCCUUUAAUAAUAUGUUCUACCAAAUGACAGGGCAGAAUUUCCAGUGGGAGAUGGAGGAUGGAGGUGACUCCCCCGGCCCACGGGACUGACAGACUGGCGCACCGCCGCUCCACCAGCUUAAACCCCACCACCGCGAAAAAACACCAACAUUCUUCAUCCUCCUUAAACAGUGCUUCAGCACAACCAAUCAGUAAUAGCUGUCUGUAUUUAGAGCAAAGAUUUUACCGAUUUGCUCUUUAAUCCAUUCCCCAAAAAGCCAAUGGUCUUCAUGGUGGCAAUUUGUUGUAUAUAUAUUAUACAGUACAUAAAUAUAUUUAUAUUUGUGAAAAGAACAUGCUUUUAUUCAUUUUGUUUUUGAACACAAAGUUGCUCUAAAAUCAUGUCUACUAUGACGAUGCAUGCAAUGAGUUAAGUGUCCUUACCCCCUCAGCCAUAUGGAUUUAUCGGUCUGUUUUUAUUUGUUUGUUUAGAUCAUGUCACAUGUUACCUAUACCUGCUGAAGGGUCUCUAGCAAAUCAUUUCGUCCAGUCUUGACAUUUAGACUUAGUUGUUCAGAAUCAAAGCAAGUUAUUAAUACAGGUUUUUUUUUCUUUUUUGACGUAAUCUACUUCAAGUCUGUGACCAUAGGUUCAGAUUUAUUCCACAAAACUGCACAAGCAUCUGUAUUUUUACACUGAAUAUUCAGCAUCUACAUCAAUUUGAACAAACAAGCAUCAUUUUUGUGUUUUUUGUUUAACUGGAUUUAGGUAUUUUCUCAACUCAUUCUCACUCCCAACGCGCCAAAUAUUGAAACAUGGGCAGAAGCCUGUAGCGUCACUGCACGCAUGCCGAAAGGCGCCUUUGGCUCGACUAAUUUGACACACUCGGUAAUCCUAUUUAAAGCCCAUUUACUUCAGCUCUCCAGCACGAAAGGCAAAUGCAUGCACUGGCUUUGAGGAUGAACUUUGUGUUUCAAAGGUCUGCUGCACAGAAGGUGAAUGAAAGAACAAGACACAGUCCAUAAUAAAGGAUAACAAUUUGGUGAUUUUCUAUUCGCAUUGUUCUUCAGUGCUAGACCUAUCUGCAUAUGGUCAUAAUAUUUAACUUAUCAUAUUUAUCAGUAAACGGUUCAUUACUUGUUCGUGGAAGUCUCCUCAUCAUAUUUUUUUGGCGCGCUGUAAUGUUGGCCGAUCAAAACGCUUGACUGCCUAAAACAGUCUCCUGUAGCUAAAUGAAAUUCUAGGACCUUCCUACAGUAGGAAAAGUCUGAGACCACAUUAUAACUGGAAGUUUUUAAAGAAAUAAUCGAAACAAAAAAAAGGAAAUGUUCAAAAUUCUAAAUAUUCAGUAUUCAAGAUGCUGCACAUCUGUGACAUUAUGAGAUUCGUAACUUAUUUCUACUAAAGCAAAGAUGUUCCGUGAAAUUGAUCUCUUUCACUGAAGAACAUGUUCAGACGACACUCCUAUGGAUUUGAUCAAACGUGAAUCAUCAGCUUUUACACAAACUUGUGGAGUCCAUGCCAGAUCGAGUGUACACUAUCGUUAAAGCAAAACAGGGAGACAUACCAAAUACUAAGACAUUUUCAAAAUCAUCAAGUAAAUAUUCUAUGAAUGUUACUUUUAACUCAGGUUAUUACUGAUAAUAUCUUUUGUAAUUAAAACGUUUGCACAAUAGAAGCAUUUUCUUUAGCAGUCUCAGACUUUCAGACUCUCAGUUUAUUUUGUCAGACUUGUAUUUAUUUUUGGGGUGUUUUCACUAUCCACAUGUUGGAUAGCAUUAACAUCUACUAAUUUAAUAUGGACUUUAUUCUUGUUGAAAUUGAUUCAAAUCAGUCUUAAUUAACAGAUAAUUAAUUAAUCACACUCUCAUAAUACACCCAGUCUCACAUUAACAACUACAAAGGCGGUAAAUGUGUUUGCCUUUUGCGUCUGAGAGAUGACGCAAGUGGGCUUUCAUUGAUAACAACAGGAUUAAUGAGUGAGUCAAAAUAGUGACGGUAUAAAAGUGUAUAGAGUGAUGCUAAGAGCUUCUGCCCAUGCUUACUCAAGACUCGCACUGGGAGUGAGAAUGGUUUGAAUUACCAUAACAUGAAUUAGCAUUCUUUACCACAAUGACAUAAUCUUUAAUGUGAAGCAGUACACAGCACUGUGGGAUACCUUCAGUAGGUAGUAGUAAUGUCUUCUAUAAGUUAACUGGCUAAUUCUCUUGUCAACAGCAUAAGAACAGCUGAUUUGAGCACCAUUACACGAUGAAUCAUUGUCAUGCAUGGGAUUAAUCAGGAAAACGUCAAAGAGGCACACAUAUGCUUCAUAACCAGCCUUAAAGCAACCUUACUCCUUACUAUUUGGUCCACGGUGUAGACGCAAAAGGAGGCGUGAUCGAGUGUAGCGACAACACAGACGGACUGGGCAGGAGGGUGUUACCAAACAUCUGCUGUGUGAAAAUCUUGACGUUAAAGAUAAAUUGGUUAUUACAAGACAGGCCUCGGCAACAUUGUUAUUGUUAAAAUCUUCACUCGUUUCUCAGUGAAUUCUGUUCCGUUCCAGUGCAGAUAUGGGUUCAGGGUUGAAAUUGUAGGGUUUGAUUUCAAUGCAUGUAACACUGGAUGCAAAUGUACUUGCUCAGGUGCUGACACUUUUCAUGCUGUUCGUAUAAAUCUCAGUUAAGGUUUAACAACUGCACUAUGGGAACUGGAAUUGUUUAUCCAUCCAUUUUUCGUACCGCUUAUCCUACACAGGGUCGCGGGGAGCCUGGAGCCGAUCCCAGGGGACUCGGGGCACAAAGUGAGGGACACCCUGGACAGAGUGCCAAGCCAAUCGCACACACACACUCACACUGCAGACAAUUUAGAGAUGCCAAUCAGCCUACGACGCAUGUCUUUGGACCGGGGGAGGAAGCCGGAGUACCCGGAGGAAACCCCUGAAGUACAGGGAGAACAUGCAAACUCCGCACACACGGGGUGGAGUUGGGAAUCGAACCCCCAACCCCAGAGGAGCGAGGCAAACGUGCUAACCACUAGCCACUUUUACAUUAUUAUUACUAUUAUUAUUAUUAUUAUUAUUAUUAUUAUUCAUAAUUCAGAUUACCUAAUUUACCUGAAGCCAUGCUGAUAAACGUACUUGAUCACAUCUGCAAUGAAAGACACCCUUUUGCACAAUUCCAGAUGCUCUAACAUUGAUAUUCAGUUCUUAUAGUCAUGAAUUAAGUACUACACACUUAGUACUAGGUUACUGACUUACUGAAGGAAGUUAUUAAAUUGGUAUUUUAAUAACACUGACCAUGCUAAUGUGAGGCAAAAUGUGAUACAUUUCUUUUAAUUAAGUAGAAAUCAACGUCAUCAUAAGCAGCAAAAACAAGCAUUCAGCACGGCUUGCAUGGGUUCAGACGGAGCAAAACGUUACACAGAGAAAAAUGAUUUAUUCAUAUACUAUAGAAGGAUAUAAAAUAACAUAUGCUAAUACUAUUUCCGCAGCAUUUUUUUUGCGGAACUUGGCCCUGUGUAAGUUAAGAAAUAUUGUAGUUACAUUUGUGUUAUGACAUUUAAAUCGAGCCCUCAGGGUUGUGAAAAUGAGAUAAGCAUUAACAGUUCUCUUUGGCUUGCGGUUCAUUUAUUUCCAUCAAUUAUUUAUUUCAGACACUCAAUCCAUCAAGGCAUUGUGGACGACUGCUGCAGGAGGCUUACUUAUACCAACAAAAUACCAGACAAAGAAAAAUCCAAUUCAGCUGUUUGCAGUGUUGCUGGAAAUUUGUUCAGUUUGAGGAGGGAUUUUUUUUUUCUUUAAUCAGGACCACAAGUGAUUGUCGUUUGCCAACACAGCCGUGAUUAUGAUAACAGGGUGUCAUUACCAUCUCCUGCUUUUCAUAAAUUCCUGACGUUGUUUUAACCUUCAACUGCAAUUAACUUUCAUCUCACUUUUCCGCCGUAGUUAUUGCUUUGAUUUUCUUCCUCUUCGACAACUUAGACAAUCAAUACAGACAGCGAAUCAAUAAACGCAGCCCUACUCCACAUCUUCGCUUGCCAUCCGCUGAGGUACCGCAUCGUUGCUUAAAAGAAGAAAAAAAAUUCACAUUUUACUCUGUAGAGCAAAAUGCUUUUGUUGUUAUUUAUUUAUUUAUUUAUUUAUUUAUUUAGUGGAGUGUGUGCUUCUAAAGAAACAGUACGAUAAUUAUCUUUCGUAGGCUUCCACAGGACACAGAACUCGAUCUAAUGUGAGUUACAAACAGCCUUUUAACAGCACAAGCAUAAAAAAACCGUUCAGCUGGCUAGUGUGUGAAUUAUAGAGGAGUAUUUUAAUGUAUGUACUGAAAUACUUUUAGCAUAAAAGUAUUUUAUUUUUGUCUAGCAAACAGCUUGGGAGCUAUUAUUCUGACUGUACUAGCAUCAGCGUCCUGUGUUCUUCCAGCCAGGAGGGAGGAAGCAUGAUUUAGGGAUUGUUCGCGAGAAUCUGACUUACAGAUGUGCCGUGUUUAUGCCGUGAUCAAAAAAUUACAUGCACAGUGCACUUCAGGGAAAUAAUGAUUGGAAGAUCAGCGAGUCUGCAUAGCAGCAUCACAACAACAUUCAAAUGAGCGCAGAGAACGAGUUAUCAGAUUAAGUGCAUUGUUUUUUUUUGUUUGUUUUUUUAACCAGGUCUUACUGUAAGCUGGAAAUGCUGGAGAAUAUUGCAUAUCUGCAUUAGUGGUGUAUUAGAGUUUCUAAAAGCAAUUAUGCUGUCUUAUUCUCUGCCCUGUGGAAGCAUAUGGGAGGUAAUUUCUGCACCAUAUCACCAUGUAAGCGCUGAAGCACUUUGGUUGUGUUGAAGCACUUUGAGAAGAAGAGAAGAAAAUCCUGCGUGCAGCCAGGCAGCGCUCUCUGGGUGUAUACUGUGGGCCGGGCUGGAGUGUUUAUUGCCUGAGGGAAUUCUAUGGCCGCAGGAUAGUUACACAGAGCAAUUGGUUCAAUGAGUAACUGCCGCGCUGCCCUUUACAAUCCCGCACCCGAUCACUCGUCUCCGAGCUGCUGUAUCCCCGCAUGGUUUAAAGGCUCAGAUGUAAGGUGAUCCCCUUGUUGCCACACUGUACAUACUCUCUGAUUUCAUAUUUCUCUGUUUCCUGCCACGAGCAGGGUUUUUUUUCUGACAAAAGCACUGGGGAGGUAAGAAGAAAGGUGAUAUAUGGCGCUGCUGCUAAAGUUCUGCCAAGACUCUGCUCAAGCUAAUCAUACACACACACACACACACACACACAUAUGUUCUUUUUUUUAUUAUUCUUUUUUGUCUUGUUCUUUCAGUACCGAGAUUGUUGUGAGACUACAAUCAAAACACUGUGUGAGGGGGGGAAUGAUGUAGAAGAUAUGACAUUAUGUUUGUCAUAAUUAAAGAAAGUCCUGCAAAUUUUAAAAACAUACAGCUUUAUGAAUAUGGUAUGUAUAUUUGCACUUUGAUCUACACAUCAACUGAAAACAUUUUUUGCUGCAGUGUACAUAAUAAAGGUAUAUAAUGUAUAUAAAUAUAUAUGAAGCCAGUCUUUUAAAAUGGAGACAAUAAAAAAAAGAAAGAGAGAAGGCGAGUGAGCUCUGAGCCU